CUACACUUCACACUACUAAUUAAUUAUUACACACCACCACCAAAGAAAAAUCAAAAUUCAAAACCUUGCCUUUUUCUUUCUUUUUCUCCUUUUUCGCUUCUCUACCAUUUCUUCUUCAAUGGAAACUCGAGAUCCACUAUCUAAACCACCACAAAAUUCAGAUCCACCAAAACCCAACAACCCCAACCCUAACCCCACUGUAUCACCUUCUUCUUCGUCUUCUUCUUCUUCUUCAAUGUUCAACAACAUUCGAGGUGGAGCCCACCAUCGGAGGGCACAUUCAGAGAUGAGUUUUAGAUUACCAGAAGACAUGACAAUGAUGAUGAUGGAUCUCCAUCCCUCAGAUCAAAUCAAUGGCGGUAAUGGUAUUGGUAUUGGUAGUGGUAGUGGUAAUGGUAUUGGUAGUGGUAAUGGUAAUGGUAAUGGUAAUGGUAAUGGUGGGUCUUCAACAGGAAGCUUAGAAGAGAUCGGAUCAGAGGAUGAUUUGCUCUCUACCUACAUCGAUGUUGAUAAGCUAACUGGAGGCAAUAAUGGGAAUGGAACUGGAGUGGGAAAUCAGAAUGACAAUGAUAAUACCAUAAAUGGAGAGAAAGGUGGGGUUUCGGAUUCGGGUCCCGGUUCAGGUACUUCUAGGCCUAAGCAUAGGCAUAGUUAUUCGGUGGAUGGGAGUGUCUUUGGUGGGGGAGAGGUGAUGGAGGCUAAGAAAGCAAUGCCGCCUAAUAAGUUAGCCGAGCUUUGGUCUAUUGAUCCUAAAAGAGCUAAAAGGAUACUUGCAAAUAGGCAGUCUGCUGCUCGCUCUAAAGAGAGGAAGGCCCGAUACAUAUUAGAACUUGAGCGCAAAGUUCAAACCCUCCAAACAGAAGCAACCACUCUUUCUGCACAACUAUCUCUAUUUCAGAGGGACACUACUGGUCUAAGCACAGAAAACACAGAGCUUAAGCUUCGGUUACAAGCUAUGGAGCAACAGGCCCAAUUGCGUGAUGCUCUGAAUGAAGCACUGAAGAAGGAAGUAGAGAGGCUCAAGAUUGCCACUGGGGAAAUGUUAAGCCCUUCCGAUUCAUACAACUUGGGAAGGCACCAAAUGCCCUUCACCCCGUCCAACUUUUUCCCACUUCCUUCACAACCAGGACCUGCUGGUCACCCAAACAUGCAAUUACCUUCAUUUACUCAUUCUCCAUCCAGCAUGUCCACCUGCCAUAUGCAUCGGGUUGAUUCUCAGAGUCUCUCAGACUAUAUGCAGAAUGACCCUAUCGGACAGUUGCAGGGGCUUGAUAUCAGUAACAAAGGAUCACAAAUUGUAAAGUCAGAAGGUCCCUCGCUUUCUGCAAGUGAAAGUAGCACCACAUUUUGAUGCAAACUGGCUGCUGACUAGCUGACUUGUCCAUGGUGUGCCUGUGUGGUAGAUUGUUUAUAGAAUGACAUCCAGUCACUUAGAGAAGGUUACUAUUUUGAUUUCAUUAUUCAUUCCAUUCAUGCUGUGGGGUCAAUUCCUAAUUAUUUAUUCAUAGGGUUCUCCAGAAAGGGAAGCACCCUGGUUUUGAUGCAAUUUGUAAGGGUCCUUUGUUUAACAUGGGAUUUUGUGGUGAUAUAUAACUUAAUGGAAUGUAAGUUCAUUCCUGUUGGAUGUCAAGAUAUGAUGGGAUAUUAUGCUGUUGUUGUCUGAUUCUUUGUAUCUCAUUUCAUUUGAUACUGUGUGGACAGUCAUAUUACUCUUGAACCAUUUCCUGGAUUGAUUGAAA